UAUCAAAAGUGGAAAUUAGUCAUUGGAUUUUCUAGAAAAUACACUACCAACUACAAAUAGACGUGAAGGCCAAGAGCAUUCCUUUUGACUCUAGGUUGAAUAUAGAGCCCCCAUAUAUGGAAGGAAUAACCAGUCAAACUGGGCGGCUGUUUUGCUGCCCCCACAGGCUCUCUAUGCUCUCUCUCUGUGUGUGUUCUUCUUCCCACCCAGAAGAAUAGUUUAACAACUAAUACAAGUCUUCAACUUUAAACAACUCCCAUCACACCCAAAUAAUCAAACUCUCUAACCAUACACAAUUGUACAUAGAUAUUUCUUAUUGUUUAAACCAGGUUCUGCUCUGAAUCCCACCAAAUUCUCAUACAUCUGUUUUCCCAAGUACCCUGUGUUGCUCUUGCGAAAAAGAAAAGCUUGUGCUUUUUUGAUGAUAAUCUAACCCCCCAUGAGAUCACUUUAGAACUCGUCUAAUAUAUAUCUGAAUCAGAGGAAGUGUUGCUGAUCAUGUCAAAAAACAAAGUCGGGGCUAGCUGUGUCGAAUUAGUCUUUUUCUUGAUCUUGAUUUCAGGUACUACUGUUACUGGAGAUACAUUGGAGUCUGACAAAAAGGCACUGCUGAACUUGAAAAUCUUCCUCGAAGAGCACAAUCGCGUAAACCAAGGUAAAUACUCUGAAUGGAACAAAAAUCAGACUUUGUCCCCAUGUGCCUGGCCCGGAAUCACCUGCUCCAGUGGCCGUGUCACCGGUGUCAACCUCUCAAGCAGCGAAAUCUCCGGCAACAUAUUUGGAAACUUCUCCGCCUUAACUGCCCUCAACCACCUGGACCUCUCCAGUAACACUAUUGGUGGUAGAUUACCAACCGACUUAGGGCAGUGCCAUGGCCUCAAGGUGUUGAACUUGUCUCACAAUAUCAUCAGUGGUGAGCUUAACUUGACUAGACUCAACAACUUGGAAAUUCUUGACUUAGCUACAAACCGUUUUUCUGGUGCAAUUCAGUUAACUUUCCCGGCUAUAUGUAAUAAGUUGGUUGUAGCCAAUUUAUCGACCAACAAUUUCACUGGCACAAUUGUGAAUGGAUUUGAUUCAUGCAAUAAUUUGAAGUUCCUUGACCUGAGUGCCAACAGAUUAUCGGGCAAUAUCUGGCCGGGUUUCGUGAGGCUUCGGGAAUUUUCAGUUUCCGAAAACAAGUUAGUUGGCCCGAUUUCACCUGAUUUUUUCUCUGAGAGAUGCGGUCUGCAAGUCUUGGACUUGUCGGAAAAUGGUUUUGUUGGAGAGUUUCCGAAGGAAAUUUCAAAUUGUGGAGAAUUGGUGAUUUUGAAUCUGUGGGGAAACAAUUUCAUCGGUCAGAUCCCCGAGGAGAUUGGCAACAUUUCGGGUCUGCAAGGACUUUAUUUGGGAAACAAUAGCUUCUCCAGAGAUAUUCCAGAGUCUCUACUUGGAUUGACAAACUUGGCCUUUUUGGAUUUGAGCACGAACAACUUUAGAGGUGACAUACAAGAAAUUUUCGGGAAAUUCAUCCAAGUCAAAUUUCUUGUAUUGCAUUCAAAUUCAUACACUGGUGGGAUAUACUCAUCAGGAAUUCUCAACUUGCCAAAUAUUUCCAGAUUAGAUCUAAGCUUCAACAACUUUUCGGGUCCAUUACCAGUUGAAAUCUCUCAAAUGAAGAGCUUGAAGUUCUUGAUGCUUGCAUACAAUGAGUUUGACAGUAUUAUCCCUCCAGAGUACGGGAAUUUGCAAAGCCUCCAAGCUCUUGAUCUAUCCUUCAACAAGCUAAAUGGGUCAAUUCCUUCAAGUUUGGGAAACUUGACAUCCCUCUUAUGGUUAAUGCUUGCCAACAAUGCCUUAACCGGUGAAAUCCCAGCAGAGUUGGGAAACUGUGGGAGCUUGUUAUGGCUAAACCUUGCAAACAAUCAACUUUCCGGGAAAAUCCCCCCCGAGUUGACCAACAUUGGCCUCAAUGCAACUCCAACUUUUGAGCAAAAUCGCAGAAACGAUAGGGUGACAGUUGCUUCGGGCGAAUGCUUGGCGAUGAGGAGGUGGAUUCCGGCGGAUUACCCUCCAUUUAGCUUUGUGUAUACACUUCUUACAAGGAAGAGUUGUCGAACCCUUUGGGAUCGGUUGCUUAAAGGGUAUGGUAUAUUUGCGCUGUGCGUUGAUGGCGUGAGGACGUUUCAGAUGUCUGGUUAUGUUCAACUCAGCAGCAAUCAGUUAUCUGGUGAAGUCCCUCGUGAUAUUGGUAAAAUGCUUAAAGUCAGUAUGUUGAACUUGGGAAUCAAUGGAUUCUACGGUGAUCUCCCUCCGGAGAUUGGACAAAUGCCACUAGCUGUGCUCAAUAUUUCGCAGAACAAGUUUUCGGGUGAAAUCCCUAGGGAAAUUGGGAAUAUUAAGUGCUUGAGAGACCUUGAUUUGUCAAACAACAACUUCUCUGGAGUUUUCCCUACCGAGUUGAACAAUUUAAACGAACUUAGCAAGUUCAACGUCUCGUUCAAUCGCUACAUCACCGGUGUUAUCCCAGCAACCGGACAAUUAGCAACAUUUGAAAAGGAGUCCUUCCUUGGCGACCCACUGUUGAGUCUUCCUUCUUUCAUAAACAACUCUGCCGAUCAUUCUCCAACAAUAAAUGAUGAAAAGAAGUUGAAAAGAAAGCCGGCAAAAAGGGAUUCGAUUUUGGUUUUCUUGGCUUUGGUGGUGGUCUUUUUAGUGUGUGGAAUUGUGACACUCGUGGUCUGCCUCACGGUGGAAAGCCCGGUAGAAAUGCCCGGAUAUCACUUGGGGGAUACAAAUAGCCAACAUGACUCUAUUUCAAGUUCAAGUGCUUUUUCCCCAUGGAUUUCAGACACGGUUAAGGUAAUCCGAUUGGACAAAACGGCUUUUACUCAUGCUGACAUUUUGAAGGCUACGGGUAACUUCUCGGACGACAGAAUUAUUGGCAGGGGAGGAUCUGGAACCGUAUACAGAGGAGUGUUGCCAGAUGGGAGAGAAGUAGCAGUGAAGAAGCUACAAAGAGAAGGCAUUGAGGGCGAAAAAGAGUUCCGAGCUGAAAUGGAGGUUCUCAGUGGAAACAGCUUCGGGUGGCCCCAUCCGAACCUCGUGGCACUCUACGGUUGGUGCCUUGACGGGUCUGAAAAAUUACUGGUUUACGAGUACAUGAAAGGGGGGAGCUUGGAGGAUCUAGUUUCUGACCGGACAAUGCUGACAUGGCGGAGGCGGAUCGAUAUCGCGUUAGACGUGGCACGUGCCCUAGUAUUCCUACACCAUGAGUGCUUCCCUGGUAUUGUACACCGUGACGUCAAAGCUAGCAAUGUUUUGCUUGAUAAUGACGGGAGGGCCCGUGUGACAGAUUUCGGCCUAGCUAGGGUUUUUGAUGCCGGAGGAACCCAUGUUAGCACGAUGGUGGCGGGGACUGUUGGAUACGUUGCGCCAGAAUAUGGGCAGACGUGGCAAGCCACUACUAAAGGCGAUGUUUACAGCUUUGGAGUGCUAGCAAUGGAGCUAGCCACCGGGAGGCGUGCAGUGGAUGGAGGGGAAGAGUGUUUGGUGGAAUGGGCUAGAAGGGUUAUGGGAAAUGGGCAAAAAGGUUAUCUCAGUCGAUCUAUGAUACCGGUAGCAAUUUUGGGUUUUGGGCUUGGAGAGGCGGCGGAGGGGAUGCGCGAGUUACUAAAGGUUGGGGUGAGGUGCACGGAGGGCAUGCCACAGGCUAGGCCAAACAUGAAGGAGGUCCUAGCCAUGUUGAUUCAGAUUUCUAGCUGUCAGGCGCAUAGCAGUUGUGGAUCCUCUUCUCCUCCCUCAUCUCAUUGUGAUGAAGGCUUAAAUUAAAGAUUAUUGAGGCUUUCAGCAUUUGUAAUUUCGUUGAGGUUGUGACUGUGAGCGAUGCAAGUGCUAUUCGCUCUCUGUGCUAUGGCACGAGUUCAGGAGCCUAUUGCGAGUUUCGCAAAGGCCAUCUACUAUUACCUCUGUUGGAGUCCUACCUAUGAAGCACCAACACACUUGCGUUGGUUGCCAUAUCCGUGUAGAAAAAGCCGAGAGCACCAACACGCUGGGAGCACAAGUAUGCAUAUGGGACAUGCCAAAUGG